GGCUAAAGCAGCUGCGUUCCGAGCUCAAUAACUUCACCUAGUGUCGGAGUACAGCAUGGCAGAGGACAAGAACAUGUUUCUAAGAGCAAAAAAACGAACUUUCGCCGGUUUAACGGAAGACGAGGAGAAAGAAUGGAGUGGGCCCUUUUGCUUCAUCCUUGGGGCUGACCCACAGCUGGGUCUGAUGAAGGCUUGGAGAAUGGGAGACUGUGAUAAAGGAGGAGAUGAGUGGGCAGAGGAGGUGCAGCUCACCAAACAGGCUGUCGAGGCCAUCAACAAACUGCAGCCGCUGCCCCGCUUUGUAGUUUUCUGUGGGGAUUUAAUCCAUGCCAUGCCAGGUUGCGAGUUCAGAGAGGAGCAGGAGAAGGACCUGAAGGAUGUUCUGCGAGCCACCGAUCCGGACAUUCCGCUUGUGUUUGUCAGCGGUAACCAUGACCUGGGGAACACUCCCACUCCAGACACGGUGGAGCAGUAUUGCCGUGUCUGGGGUGAUGACUACUUCAGUUUCUGGGUGGGCGGAGUGCUGUUCCUGGUGUUGAACUCGCAGCUGUUCUUUGACGCAUCAGGCUGCCCUCAGCUGGAGGAAGCUCAUGAGGCCUGGCUGGAGAAACAGCUACAGAAAGCAGCCAAGAGCUCGGCACGACACGUCAUUAUCUUCCAGCACAUUCCGCUCUACCUGAGAACUCCAGACGAGGAGGACGACUACUUCAAUCUGCAGAGAGCCAAGAGAGAGAAUCUGAUCCACAGAUUCUGCCAAGCAGGCGUCAAAGCCGUGUUCUCAGGUCACUACCAUCGCAAUGCAGGCGGGUGCCACUCCGGACUGGACAUGGUGGUGAGCUCAGCUAUCGGCUGCCAGCUAGGCGAGGACGUGCACGGCGUCCGGGUGGUGGUGGUGACCGCUGAUAAGAUCGUCCACCGCUACCACACUCUGGACCAGCUGAGUACGAACGGCAUAGAUGAAGAUCUGAAGAAACUCUUAUCUUAAAGUUGCAGGCAGACUCUUUUUGACCUUUUGUAUGUUUUUUUUUUUUUGGGGAGAGGGGGAUUAGAUUUGUUGGUUGUAGAUGAGUAGAAAAGAACAAAGUCUGCUUUCAACUUUCAAAGCCUCUGAACAAAAGCAGCCAUUUUGUGUCAAUAUCCAGAAGGCAUCUGAAUAAUAAGCUUCUGCACACAGCAGGAGAAGCCAGCGAAAAAAUCACUAUAUCUUAAGGUGUCAUCGGAGUGCCGUUUCUAUUCUACAUUUCAUAUUCCUUAGUCUCUGUCGUGUUUUGGUCUUUAAUAAGAAAUAAGAGUUUUGUGGGUGUAAUUUCAAAGAUUAGCAAUAAUAACGGUCUCUCUUUUCAUCUUCCGUACGUUAAUCAAACAUCUUGACAUUUGAAUCAAGCAAACGUACUCAAGAAUCACCUAAUCACACUAUUAAGCAAGCGCAACUCGUUCGAUCUAAUCUUUAUAUAUACAUAUAUAUAUAUAUAUAUGUGUGUAUUUAAUUUUAUUUUUUUGUGAUUUCAUCUUGUGUCCAAGCCCAUUACGCUCUCCCAACUCCAAGAGGUGAGAAGAGGCAAUCUCCAUGACAACCAUUGAAAAAGACAUGACAGUUAAGACUGUAACUUACAGCGGCUUGUUCAGUCAUCAAAAGCUGUCGCUGAUUUCCAUCUCACACUCGUAGUUUUAUCUCUCUGGUUCAGAAUCUACUUUGAUGAUUUGAUGCAGGGAAGUCUUUGUCGAGUCAGGGAACGUCUUCUCAUUUCGGCUCCAUCUGACUUUGUAAUGUACAAACCAACCCUGGUGGUUGUGAAGAGGAACAUUGCGAGGGAUCAAUGCACCGUGCUGCCGUAGGCCAUCUCUUUUGUAACAUUUUGUUUACAAUACACAAUACACAAUAAUUUAUAGUUGUACUAGUCAUUAGCCAAAGAACCAAUGUUUAUGGAAGCACCGUUGGGAAACCUCCUGUUGGCAGAUGUGUGCAUAAUCACAGGAAUCCAAAUAAGAGCUGAAGGGAACGUCACAGGGGUUACAUUAAACAUUUUAUUACAUAUUUGGAACGUUAGUACUGUUUGUUCACCUGCCUGCUGUGUUGACCUGAAUAAUCUUUGAAGAAAACAGUGCACUUUUCAUACUUUACUGAAACUGAGCCGAGCACAAUGGUCAAUAUUGUAAAUUAUUAUAUGUAUCAUUUUUUAGAUUAUUGUUGGUAUGGGGGUUAAAUUUAUCUUUUUUUUCCCUGAGACAUAGAUUUAAAUAUAUAAUUUUUUUUCUUUUGCUUAAUAUUUACACGAGAUGAUUUUACAGACAUGUAAUUAUAUUUAACCUCAUUUUGUUUCAUGUGAUUUCUUUUUUUUUUUCACGUCUACAUUUGCAAUAAAUGUUAUGUGCGCUCCAGUCAGAAUGUGUCCUCCAGU